AUGCGAGGCCGUCAUCCACGUCGAUCGCCCUCUGUGGAAAGUCUCACGGACAAAUUCAAGACAUGGAAUGCAUCAUUGUCGGGCAUUCAAAUUCGUGGCUCAUUUACACAUAGAGCCGCGCUUCGCCCUGUUAGGGAGUCUCACGAAGCGCCAUUCAGUCGAGCCGACUACACCAAGAGUACACCUACAAUUCACGAGCGUGCCAAGGAUAGCGCUGUGGACCUUGGAGAACUGCGCGAUCGAUGGGUCAGCGCAGACAACAUCUUUAACGAGCAUGAGCAGAAUACUCGUCGACAUGCUAGAUCAAGAGAUCCGUCGCGGAGUCGGGUCUGUGUCACAUUACGAACAUCCGAACAGUCUGACUAUGAUACCGACGGGCAAUUCCUGGAGCGCAUCGAGAAAACGCGCUCGGCUCGCAAAUCGCGUUCCACAGCAGCCAAUAGUCCAGCAGAGAAGAGAUCGACUCACGAGCGUGUUGCGAGAAGUGCGCAGUCGAUAUUGCAUGUGCCACUCAAAACGGAGAAAGCGUUACCUCCACUUCCAGAGGAUGAAGGAAUGGUCGUCAAGAGGACCUUCAUCCACUCGAUCAAGUCCAGUCGUCAUCUGCGUAACAUGAGAAGUCUCAGCAGCUUGAAGACCUAUGUAAACCCGCACGAAUCAAUGCACUUUCGGUGUGUCGGAAGUCCAACCGAGGCCAUCAGCGCUUUUGAGGAACUGGAACUGCAGAGUGAAAGGGACGAACUCCUCCAAUCAAUCAAUCUCACAAGGAUCAGGAUGGGAGUUAGAGCCAUCCAAAAUCUGGAGCGGGCCCCAUACCUCGACCGUGAAGCACAGGAAGCUGCAGAUGAUCUAGACAAAUUUGAGUCCGUUCCAGCAGGGAGCACAGUCACCAUGGAUGAAGAAACAGCAACCGCUCAGCUCAUCGGACCCGCAGGGUAUCCGGGACUUGCAACGGGCGAGCGCUGGGCAUCCUUCCAGAACAGAGCUCAGAGACAAACACAAUGUACCUGCAAAGGCGGCAUCCAUAUCGUGAAGACAGCGACAUGUCCGUGCCACAAUCAGCAUGUGUUCGCUGCUAUCACCGACGAGUCCUGGAAGGCGAUAGGAAUGGCGAGGACCGCUGUCGAUCGAAGAUGGGUGGUGCUGCUGUCAGCUUCAAAUUCGCCGUUCGACAGUGAUGAUAGCAAGUCGAUCCGAACACUCUUGACACCUGCGAGUUCCGUGCGGAAGCCGAGAGCCAAGUCGAAGCCGCGCAGGUCAGCGAAUGAUACGCCGCCGGUGCCAUCGCUACAUGGGGCCAUGACGCCUUCGCUGAUCGAGGACGAUGAUGAGACGCCAGUGACACCAGUCCUACCGUUCUAG